AUGCCCGAGUACAAUCUAAAAUUCGCCGGCAACCCCGAGACCACAACCCGUAAACGCCUGAUGAUAGUGUGCCAUCCCGAUGACGAGGUUAUAUUUGGGGGAGAGGAGCUUCUGAACCAUCCUGGCGAGUGGGUGGUGGUGUACAUCACGAACGAUCACAGACGCCCAAAAGGUGUCAAGAAGAUGGUGGAGGCCCUCAAUCUCAACGAGGCAAUCAUCUUCGGUCUCGCCGAUAGCAUGGUGGACGAGUUCAAAUAUCCUAUCGAGUUUGUGGAAGAGAUCUACAAACUUCUGUGCAGCCAGGUGUGGGAUCAGAUUGCCACUCACGGAGAAGAUGGCGAGUACGGCCACCGGCAACACAUCGCACUACACCAGAUUGUGUACCAUCUGAUGCAGAAAGUGGGAAUAUUCGCAAACAAUUGGACGAAGAUCACCGACUUCACACUAGAUACGAAGUUGCACCGAACCAGCAACAAGGAAAAUAUAAUGAAAAGACAGGAGCUGUGUCGCGACAUCUAUUACAGAAGCAACAAGAAAUGGAUGCGAAUGAUAGAGAAAUCUGGGACCGUCACCCACAGGUCGAAUACGGAUAAAAGUGACUAUGACAUCACAGACCUGCUGUGCGAAUAG